GGCCACACACGUGGUGAUGCGACGCGAUAAUCACAGUCGCAAUGAUUUUAUUUCGUUCAUUGUCUUUACGUUUUGUAAGUAUAAUAAUUAUUAAUGGUAUGGAUUUUUUUCUGUUCAACUGUCACGUAUCAUCGUUCGUAUAGUAUUAUUUUUACUCAAUCGAAUUUGUCGUGUUCAAACCACAGUGCAAACAUAAUUUAGGUUAUGCCGAUAGAUGGCGAUACGAAUAAAAUCUCGAUCAUUGCACAAUAAUCAUCACUAAUCAAAUUCUAUUAUAAUUUUUUUUAUAUCUUCAAUAUUGCUUGAAUUAUGUUUUAGUUGAAACAUAAAUAAAACAAAUACUUCUUUAUGUUCGGUUUCCGAACGAUUAUAAUGCUUGAGUCUUGAGUUGACGGUUCGACUGUUGAAUGCAGCGAACUUGUUUUGCUUUCGAAGUGAUAUUUUUCUGUUCACAAAAUAUCGUUAUGAAAACUGGAUUAAUGUUGAAACCAUGCUGAACCAAACGUCUACAGAAGCGUUGCUCUCGGCGACCUACGUUGAAAACUACUUAGAUUGUGUCGAAAACCUUCCGAAUGACCUGCAAAGACAUUUAUCCCGUAUGCGAGAACUUGACGUAACUUACAGAGAAUGCCUCCGUGAAGCUGAGAAGCAUUUAGCAGUAUGUAUCGGCACCAACACAGAAGAGAGACGCCGUAGCAGGGCUGCACUUCGGCUACAAGCUGCAUUAGUAGCCGCUCAAGAGAUUGGAGAUGAAAAACUCCAGGUUGUACAGAUACUUCAAGACCUAAUUGAUAACAAGCAGAGAUCACUUGAUGCAGAUCAUAAAAAACUAGUUUCUUGCUUGGAAGUGAACACAAAUGGAACAACUAAGGAUGAGCCAGCACCACCACAGGACACAGUCCGUGGGGUGGACAAGGAAGCAGUCACACCACAGACACCACAGCCACACGCGCCACCACCUCCCCCGCCUGAGAAAACAGCAGAGAAGGACAAAGAAAAAGUAGAGAAAGAAAAGAGCGGAGGUGAACGAUGGUCAAAACGCCCACGCCGAUCUAGAACCACAGUCGGUGCAAACACUGACCGUGCUGACUCUAGUGAAAGAGACAGUGAACGACACACGCACAACACUACUCACAAGAAAGGUAUAGGAAAGAAGAAAAAGCGCAAAGCACGGCAAGCAGCACAACGAUCGGAAACUCCGCCAGAGGAACCAGAUGCAAUAGAUCCCGAUGAGCCUCGUUACUGCUUGUGUGAUCAAAUAUCAUUUGGUGAAAUGAUCCUGUGUGACAAUGAUCUAUGCCCUAUAGAAUGGUUCCAUUUCUCUUGCGUGUCGCUCACUACUAAACCUAAAGGGAAGUGGUUCUGUCCAAAGUGCCGCGGUGACAGGCCGAAUGUGAUGAAACCUAAAGGACAGUUCCUCAAAGAACUAGAACGGUAUAACAGAGAGAAAGAAGAAAAAGCAUAGUCGCUACUCAAAGGACAUAAAAUGAGUGGAAAAGCAAUUGUGAAAACUAAGGUUGACUAGUUGAUUCUGUGAUUUGAAUUUGAUUAACACUCAUUUUACAUGCCUAAUAGAGUGUAUGAAGCCCAAACACUUUCAAGUAUUGGAAUGUGAUUUCAGUUUAAUAAGAGAUGAUUAUUUUCUUUAUUGCGUGUUAUGAGAACAUUGUAAGAAGAAAUUAUAAAACUUGAUUGAUAUAAUCUCCAUUAUGGGGAAGUAAAUGGUUGUCUUAAAUAAAUGUAGAUUGAUAAUUUAUUUUAAUUACUUAUUUCAAACGGGUGUGUUGAUUUUAAAGAACAGGUCUGCAAAGAAUAAUCUAUCUGCAAAACAAUGUGAAAACAUUGUAGAUGUAAUAAAAUUAAUAAUUCAUUUCUCCUGUUCAAAUAAUACAUGGAAGUACAUAUACAGCGUAAUGUUGCGCAUUUACGGCAUCUAUGGCAUAGAAGAGAGUAUUGUUUACAAUAUUAGUUACGGACAGAUGUAAUUUGAUACUAUUUGAGCAAGUUUUAUUGAAUAUAACAAUUCAUUAAUA